AUGUACUCGUAUGAUUUUGGCACUGGCGCCUGGGCCGCUGCCCCGACCAACGUCAAUGCCACCACCGCCGUCCCUUACAACCGUCAGCUCUUUAGUGCUACCUACGACAACUCGUCGACCGUCUACAUUUACGGUGGUGCGCUCAACAAUACGGCCAUCUUCUCUGACUUUUAUGCAUUGAACACUCAGACCUUGGCAUUCACCCCGUUGCCUACCCCGGGUGUGUCACGCUAUGGCCAUACUGCUUCGCUCUUGAGUGAUGGCAAACUGGUCGUCAUUGGCGGUGUCGUUUUGCAGCAAGUCGAAGGCGGCGUUGCUAGCGCAUUGGCCUCUAUGGAGGAGGUCUAUAUCUUUGAUACCACGUCCAACCAAUGGUCUGUUCAGGCUACACAAGCUUCUUCGGGUGGCAGUUUCCCCUCUACUCGUUCGGCUCACAAUGCUGUCGUCACCAAGGACGACAAGAUCAUUAUCUUUGGAGGUGAUAAUGGUGCCUCGCAGCGUGAUCGCAUGUACCUGAACGCUGUGGCUAUUCUCGAUACCAAAACCUGGACCUGGGAAGUUCCAACCGCUGGUGGCAUCCCUCCUUCGCGUCGUUCCUAUGCCGCCGCCGGUAUGCUCGAUGGCGAACACUUGACUGUUGCUUUCGGUGCUGCGUUGAACACCCAGUACAACGAUAUCAACGUCUACAGUUUGUCUGAUUCCGAAUGGUUGCAGUCGUUCACUGAUGAUGACAGCGAUUCAGGCUCUGGUGUCUCGGCUGGUUUGAUUGCUGGUGUCACUAUUGCCGGUGUAGUCUUGCUUGCCAUCAUCUUGUUCUUGCUGUGGCGCUUCCAGUCUUACGUUCGCUGGUUGGCCGCUCGCAUUCACCACGAUAUCUGGAAGCCUCGUGCUGGUGAACCUGUCUGGGCUGAAACCACCCGUAUCAUCUCGCAGAUCUUCUUGCUGUUCUUGUUCAUCUGCUUCUUGGUUUUUAUAAUCCGCCAAGCAGUUAAUAGCCCCAAUGUUACACAAAGAAUUGAAGAAUCAGCAGCGGAGGUUGAUGUGCCAGAUGUCCGAUUCUGCUUUGAUGGCUACCCCACCUAUGCAGCCGGCGACGCACGCAAUCCUGGCGUUGUCUGCCAGACUGACACCGGUUACUCGUGCUCUGACUAUAUCCAGCCAUUGAACAUGAGCAUCUUCACCCCCACCUUCGCCUCCAACUUGGGUGCCGUCAACUGCUUCUUGUUCCGUGGCGACUCGAACCUCAAGAUGACCUCCACCUCUGGCCAGAACAACGGUUCGCGCUUGCUGUUCUCUUUGUUUGGCGACCAGACAGCCUCAUAUGCGCGCGUGCACGUCUCGGUGUACCCCAAGGAGAUGGAUCCCAACGUGAAGGUGUACAACAUCAACGAUGAUAUCCCCGUGAUCAUGUCUGACUUUGACGUGUUAACAUGGCAAAAUAACGAACGCAACGAUAUCCAGACCACCAACAUUUUCGAUGUCGAGCCCUACACGUACAGCGCCAUGAGCUACAAUCUGAUCGAUCAUCGCUACUUGCAGGCUGUCGGCUGGAACUACGUCGGCUUUGCACCCAUCACCAACUCGACUCCCGAAGUAGAGACCAACUUCCGUGCCGAGGCACCAAACCCCAACUACACCUUGACCCAUGCCGACGUUGGCUUUAUCGCCAUGUACCCUGACGCGUUUGCCGAAUUCACUGAUCGUGAGGUCAAGAUGUACACCUUGCUCAACGCCCUCGGUUUCGUCGGUGGUAUCUUUGGCUUGUUGAUCGGUGUGCAGGCCUGGCUGUUUGGCUUCCGUCCACGCUCGCCUUGGGGUGUCGUGCACCGUUGGUCAGUCGGUGACAUGAAGCGCUCAUUGCUUCGUGGCUUGCAAUCCAACUUUAAGACCACCGACUCUUCGGUGCCGUUGGUGCAUCCUUUGCACCCACGCUUCAGCAUGAACAACUUGGCCGAUCUGGGCUACGAGUCCGAGGGUCAGCGCAUUUCGCGUGUCGAGGAGCGUAUGCAGGUGCUCGAGUUGUUGUUUAAGGCGUACUAUGUCGACGACGAAAUCUUCCGGUCUCUGGACAACGCUUCCAAGUCGGUGCCUGCUGGUCAGGGCGAGCAGCCCGCAAACCCGCUCUUCCCGUCUGAAAAGGGAGGCAGUGACAUGGCCCGAAGCAACACUGGUGGUUUCUCGCACAUGUUCAACAAUCGACAAAGCGUCGCCAGCGUGAGCAGUGAUACCCACUCGCAGCAGAACCUGAAUGAUCAUCGUGUAUAA